AGUGACAAGUGUGGGAAUGGAAUGAAAUGUGAUGCCCAAGACUUUGGAUGGGCAGAUAACUAUGGAGAAGACCCCCAGUUACUUUGUGACGAAUGAGGCUCCCAAACGCAUUCACUCCAUGGCCAAGGACAUCAAACUCAUUGUGGUGGUGCGAAACCCAGUGACCAGGGCCAUUUCUGACUACACCCAGACAUUGUCAAAGAAGCCAGAGAUCCCCACCUUUGAGGUGUUGGCCUUCAAAAAUCGGACCCUGGGGCUGAUUGAUGCUUCCUGGAGUGCCAUCCGUAUUGGCAUCUAUGCUCUGCACCUGGAGAACUGGCUCCAGUACUUCCCCCUCUCUCAGAUCCUGUUUGUCAGUGGUGAGCGACUCAUAGUGGACCCCGCAGGGGAGAUGGCCAAAGUACAGGAUUUUCUAGGCCUCAAGCGUGUUGUGACUGAAAAGCACUUCUAUUUCAACAAAACCAAGGGAUUUCCCUGUCUGAAGAAGCCUGAAGACAGCAGUGCUCCAAGGUGCUUGGGCAAAAGCAAAGGGCGGACUCAUCCCCGCAUUGACCCUGAUGUCAUCCACAGACUGCGGAAAUUCUACAAACCCUUCAACAUGAUGUUUUACCAAAUGACUGGUCAAGAUUUCCAGUGGGAACAGGAAGAGGGUGAUAAAUGAGGCUGAGGCUGGUAGUGUGGAGGGAAGGCUAGUGAGUAGCAAGGAUGCUCCUUACCAGAGUCCCAAAUCUCCCAGGUUCUGCAGCUUCAGCCUUGCUGGAGUGCCAGGCAGAUCUGUAACCUCCAGUCAGGGUUACUGCCCAAUGGUGUGGCCUCAGGCAAAGGUUCAUGCAUUCCCAUGGAGCGACUAAAGGCUUCUGGUUGACCAGAUGACCACCAGAACCUGUCAUGAAUUCCUAUCUCCUGCUAAUUAGUGGAGUCUGGAGAUGGGAUGAAUAUCUGUCACUGUCACAAACAGAUGCUAUAAAUGGUGAUGAGUGGUAAAAAAGAAAGAUGGUCUUUGUGGGAGCUCUUAUUCUAGCCUAAGGAGCUUGGGUUCUAGCCUUGUGUCUAAUCCCUGGUAUGUAAACAUCUGCUCUGACUUCUUUCCAGAAUGCUAUUGUGACUGAGUGUUCCAGGACUCCCAGGGAGCAAGAUCCUCCUUCUAAGGCCUUUCUAGCCUUCUCAUCAAAGGCCUCAUCACACAACCCUUUGACUUCCUCCCUCUCCAUAAUACGAAGGCGAAGGCAUGCACGUAUGUUCCUCCCCGACCCCCAAAUAGCUGACACUCUUGGAGCCUUCUUUCUGAAAGCCUUUUAAGGUGGGUCUCUCUUCAUGGGUGUCCUGAGUUUUGGAGAAGCUCAGCACACGUCCUCACACUGGAGUCAGGCCCACAGGGACACUUCCACAACAGGGAGAUAGCAGCAAAUUUAGAGCUCUGAGGCCGGCAAAAAUGAAUGUCUGUAACUUAGGGUAUAAGAAGAAACUCAGUCUUCUCGGUGGGAGACCUUCUUACCUAAAGAUCCUCUCCCUGAAGCUAAAGUGUGCUUUGAGAUAGCUCUGUGCCCUAGAGUCCCCAGAGAAGCAGAGACCAGAGCUGGCUUGUUAAUUGUUUUGUAUAGCCCUUCAGGAUACCAUGGGGAAGGGAGCGCUCAACAUUAUUCUGCUUGUCCUACCACCACCCCUCAGGGUCACCACAUGGUACAUUUUCUCUUCUUGGAGAUGGCAUCUAUUGGGCCAUUGGCAAGAGUGUUAGAGAAUAGGGGCAGGCAAGGGCUGUCAGCAGACAUACCCAUCAAGGGCUGCCAAACAAAGUGUCCCUUCGCAUUAGUAUGGUUCAAUUAAAACACAGCAUUUGACAUAAAGCGCUUGUUCAAAAAAUCUCCAGAGCCAGGAAUUGUUCUAGUAAAACUGGAAAUUUGUAUGAGUGGGGGGAGUUAAAUCUGUUCAGCUGUUAUUAAACUGUCAUUUCUCCCGCUAAAUGGAAACCGUGUUGUUAUAAAGCUUAAUGCAACCUGA